UAUUUGGAAUGCCUUGUUUUCUAUGUAGUGUGAAAUGCAAGCAUGUGUUUGUGUGUUUAUGUUUGCUUUAUUGGGCUUUGGUUGAAUGAAUUUUGUUAGUGGUGGAGUAGAAUUUUGGUAAAGGAAGGAUCUUGAUGUAUGUUGACUUAUUAUAAUUUAUAGCUCUGAUUAAUCAAUCAAUUGUGUUUGCAUUUUUUGUGACUCAUUGAGUUGAAUUGAUUUCAUUUUCAUUCCCUUCUCUUUAGUUGCUUUAUACACUAUGUGAAUGCUUUCUUUUAUAUAUGAAGUUGUAGUUUUGUGUGAAUAGAAAAUUGCAAGCAUGGGUUUGCUUUAUUGAGCUUUGGUUUCAUACUUUCAUUGAAUUGCGUUAAUGGUUGAGUAGAUUUUUAGUAAAGGUAGGAUCUUUAUGCAUCUUGACUUAUUAUAGCUCUGAUUAAUCAAUUGUGAUUCAUUGAGUUGAUUUUUUUUACUCCUCCUUUUCAAGAUCUCUCUUUUUUUCAUAUUUUCAUCUUUUCCAUGAGAUUUCAAAGACCCUUUUUUCACGGGUUAUCUGUUAUCUGAUUUUGACUGUCUCCUCCUCCUAUUUUUGGCCUCAUUUUCUUGUUUUUUUGCCUAAUGCUUUUGUUAUCAUCUCUUCUCACCUUUGUUCAUUGUUGAACUAGCGAAAACGAUGAGGCUCAAACCCGUUUCCCCGGCCGUGGAUUGCUCCUUCCAACCCUCCUGCUUCUGUUUCCGAACAUCCGAAACCGAUGGCCCUCUCUCCCUCGUAUUCGCCUCGAAACCCCUCUUGAAAUCUAGGUCCCUCACCAAGAUUUUGAGGGGCGACAGCAUAAGGCGCUCCCGCAGCUUGAGUAUCGAUGAUAAGCCCUCGUUCCACGUUGAGGCGGUGUCGAGUAGCCCCCGGGAGGAGGAGGGGCGCAGGCGGAAGAAACGACAUUGUGCUAUUUCGAACGAGAACAGGACUAUUGGCAGUGCCACCCCCUUUGUGAAAGGGGGGAGGGAUCAAGAUUCGUUCUUGGAGUCACGUUUCGACUUCUUGGAGCCGAUGAUGCUAGGGAUCAGGCCGGAGUUUCCCGAGUGGCCGGAUAGGGAGACAGCUGCGUGGGCGAUGGUUGAGCACAAGGCGAAUAGUUUCGACAUUCCCCUGUCGCUUAGGAUGAUCAAGAAGAAGCUGCAGCUGGAGGAGGGCUCUGCGGAGGCAGAGGAGGGCGAGGGUGGCUGUUGCUCCGUGAAGGCGGCCUUUGCCUCGAUGGUGUUCAUCGUCGUCGAGAUGCAGAGCUCGGCCUUGCACAUGAGGGAGGCUCUGUGUGAUGAGGAUUUGGAUGUGAUCAGAGCGAAGGUGCAGAAGGAGAUGCAUCUCUCGUUCGUGUGGCUGUUCCAGCACGUGUUCUCGAGGACACCGGAUUUGAUGCUGCGUGUGAUGCUACUCUUGGCCGAUUUCAGCCUACAUUCGACCUCCCUAAGCACCGCGAUAGGAGGGGAGGGCUCGUUGAUGGGGAGGCCUUAUGAGCAAGGGAAAAACUCGGCUUUGUCUAUGGUGGACGCGGAUAGGGGGCUCGCUGUGGAGGAGAAGGCAGAACGCGAGGCAGGGGAUCCGAGCAUUUAUCCGAGUAAUGAGUUUAGGAGCGCGGUGGAGAUGCAGUUGUGGGAUUCAAUGGUUGAUGAGGCUAACCAUGUGCGCGGAGGUGGGGAAGGCGAGGUGGCUCUUGAUCACGACGUCAUGAAACAUUUCGUUUCUCCCGUGUCUGUGGAGAUCGAGCCCGAUACUUACCAGGAUUUUUACAGGACGGACCUUCUGUACCAGAUGUACUUGUCCCUCGAGCCUAAUAACACUCUCUUGCUGCUGAACUACGCGCGGUUUUUGCAGCUUGUUACGCGUGACUAUCAAAGGUCCGAGGAAUGCUUCAAGCGGGCAGUGCAAGUAACGCCACCCGAUGGAGAAUCAUUCUCCGAAUACGCCAACUUCCUAUGGACGGUGAAGAAGGACUACUGGGCGGCCGAGGAGAGCUUCCUACAAGCCCUGGCGCUCGAGCCACACAACACCCACUUCGCCUCCCGAUACGCCAACUUCUUGUGGAGCACCGGUGGCGAAGAGACCUGUUUCCCUCUCAACACGUAGGGAGUCGUCUAUCAUCACUACCAUCGUCGUCGUCGUCAUCAUCACUAUCAUUGUAUAGUUAUAUAUAAGAAGAAUAAAAUUCGUUCGUGCCUAGCGUUUCCGGGACUCUGGAAGCUCGUCCGCAUGAUCAAUGGGGCCGGAAACCCCGGAGCACGAGCGCUGCUUUGUACGUUUGAGGGACGACAGUGAAUAACCGAGGGAAGGCGAAUAUGGUUGGUAGGGUUAGAGGAGAAGAGGAGGAAAGGGAAGAUUUUUACAGCAGGUUGAAAUGAAGCUCUGAAUUUUUACAAUUGUACAGAAAAAUGGUAAAAGUUUGUUUUACCUAUUUGAGUGGCAUUGUGUACUUGUUCACACUACUCAAAAAGAAAGAAACUACACUUGUAUAUUAUCACUAUAAAUUCAGCAGAGGUGUCUCACAAUUUUUGUUUGUGCUAA